GGCUGCGCGUCAUCUGCUCCGGCUCCGGCUCCGGCUCCGGCUCCGGGUGCGCGCGCCGUCCCCCCACACGCAGACUGACUUCCGCCCGGCCUCGCCCAGCGCGAGGGGCGCGCGGCCUCCCGGAGCCCCCGGAGACUUGGACCGCUGAGCGGGAGGAGGCGGCGGGAGCGCGAGCUCCGACCAGCGUCUCGGCGGCGCCGCGGACACCCAUCGGUAUUAAAGCUUGGAGGCUCACCUGCCUAUUGAGUUUGGAGCGUGUGCGGUUCUGUUGGAAGUGCUGCAGAGCCAGCGCCAGGCUCUCAUCACGCUCAGGAGGAGAGCGGGUGUUGAACGCUCAAGCCGGCAAGCCACCAGCCAGGAGUGCAAGCUGUCGCCUGUUCCGUACAUGCUCAGUGCUUGCAGUGGUAACUUGUUCUUUUGGAAAACUUUGAAAUCACUUAAUUCUGGAGUUAAGUCCAGCCCACAAAAGUUUAAUUUGUUCAUACUUUUUUGCAGAUGUGUAAAUGCAGUGUUUAGGUUUUCCAUUUGUAUCUAUCUUCGUACAUAUAUGGAGCAUCGAAAGCAGCUGAGCAAUAAUUGAAAGAACUAGAGAGAGAUUUUUAAAGUUCUUCACAAUGGUGACAGUUUGGGGCAUGUGAUUUCUUAAGCCAUUGGUUGACCAGUGACUGUUCAAAAAAUAUUCUGAAAUGUCUUGUAGAGCAGGAUGAGGUAAAAGACUCCUUUCCAGGUGGGAAGGAGUAACUAUUUUCAAGUGAUGUAGAUUAUUUGGGGGAGCAGGAUUGGGGGGCAAUUGGAUUAGUCAGCCAGUAAGCAUCUUGUAUUAACCUUUCACACAGGCUUGAACAGGAAGGACUCUGAGUUCCGUCAUGCGGUGGAAGGUUGAGAAAGGAAGUCUGCGGCCUCCUGAGCUCUGUGACUCCAGAGGUUGAAUCCAGAGCAUCUUUCCUAUGAGAGGUUCUCAAGCUUUCAAAACUCGGGUACUAUUAAGAGAACUUUCAUCUGGGAAGUGGAAGUUGCUUCUGACCGAUUGCUUCUGAAUCUCUUUAGGAUUUACAGAUGGAUUCCGUGGAAAAGACAACAAACAGAAGUGAACAAAAAUCAAGUAGAAAGUUUUUAAAAAGCCUCAUCCGGAAACAGCCCCAGGAGCUGCUCCUGGUCAUGGGGACGGGAGUCAGUGCCGCCGCGGCCCCAGGGAUCCCCGCCCUGUGCUCGUGGAGGAGCUGCAUCGAGGCCAUCAUCGAGGCCGCGGAGCAGCUCGAGGUGCUGCACCCCGGGGACGUGGCCGAGUUCCGCAGGAAGGUGACCAAGGACGGGGACCUGCUGGUUGUCGCCCAUGACCUGAUCCGGAAGAUGUCCCCUCGCACGGGCGACUCCAAGCCCAGCUUCUUCCAGGACUGCCUGCUGGAGGUGUUUGACAACCUGGAGCAGCACAUCCAGAGCCCGCUGGUGCUGCAGUCCAUCCUCAGCCUGAUGGAGAGGGGCACCAUGGUGCUGACCACCAACUAUGACAACCUGCUGGAGAUCUUCGGGCAACAGCACAACAAGCCCAUGGAGUCUCUGGAUCUGAAGGACAAGACCAAGGUCCUUCAGUGGGCUAGAGGACACAUCAAAUACGGAGUUCUUCACAUUCACGGCUUAUACACAGAUCCCUGCGGGAUGGUGUUGGACCUAUCGGGAUACAAAGACGUUACCCAAGACCCGGAAGUCAUGGAAGUUCUUCAGAACUUGUACCGCACCAAAUCCUUUCUGUUUGUGGGCUGCGGAGAGACCCUCCGUGAUCAGAUAUUCCAGGCCCUCUUCCUUUAUUCGGUGCCGGACAAGGCGGAUUUGGAGCACUACAUGGUUGUGCUCAAGGAGAGUGAAGACCAUUUCUUUAAGCAGCAGGCAGACAUGCUUCUGCGUGGGAUCAAAGUCGUGUCCUACGGAGACUGCUUUGACUAUUUUCCGGGGUACGUGCAAGACCUUGCCACUCAGAUCUGCAAACAGCGAAGUCCAGAUGCCGAUCGAGUGGACAGCACCACGUUGUUCGGUAAUGCAUGCCAGGACUGUGCAAAGAGGAAGUUAGAAGAAAAUGGAAUUGAAGUUUCAAAGAAACUCAGACAAUCAGAUACUGAUGAUGCUGGAGGGUCUUGAAAUCUUUAAGACCAAUGAAACCUGCAACUUGAAAACCAGCCUUCUGUAACCACAGAGCCAUCCCAAACGAUGAGGAAUGUUAGAGAACUCCACACAGGACCUCUUGAUCUGAACCGUCAAAUACCCCAAAAGAGCCAUGCGGGUGUGUGGCCCUCAGAGGCUGGGUGAGGGAGUUAGGCGUUGUGUUGAACUGCUUGGGAGGUGACGCAUACACGGCAGGUGUCCUUUGUCAGGACUGAUACACAGCUACCUCGGGGACCAAACCAAUGGGCAGGGACAUACCUGGUAUUCCCGACUCCCAUUUGAUAUGCCCUCUGUCAGGUGGUGUUUUUCUCUAAUAAAAGGGGGAAAGUAAAGACUGUCCAAGCAACAGUAGUUGCCAAAGAGAAAAUAAGACACUAGACACUUAGAUUUUAUAAUUUUUGUGGAAACACCCGUUAGUGUAGAAAAAAAAUUAGAAGUGUGUUUGUUACGUUGUUAAAUAGUAAAGAAGGAGUGGAGACUGCAGGCACUGGGUCCACCAGUGAGAGCGUAUGUUUUAGGAAUGACUUGACCUGUAGGCUUCUUUGGAGUUGUGUAAUUUUUUUUUGUUAGUACUUGGUCUCUACAGAAUGGCAGGUCUAACUGUAACUAAGAAGUGAAGUCUCCAGGAGCCAGAGGGCCUUUUCAGAAGCACAGGUCAGUGUCCAAGUGUGUCAUGCGAUGGAUAACUGAGAAAUUGUAAGUGGAGCACAAGACUGAGUUCUAAACUUUUAAAUUCCAAGCUUUCCAAGCCUUUUUUCUACGGGGUAAGGUCCAACCUUUCUGUUCUUCUCAAAAUCCUCUCCUCACAGCCCAUAUUAAAGGAUUUGCACAGAGUGAAGUAGGCAAAACUUGCCAAGGGUCUGUAACACUUUAGACGUUGUCAGGGUUCGCGCAGGGCAGAUGGCGUGCCGAGCUGCGUGCUCGUGCCCAGGGAGUUGCUCUGCGGCCCUGGCGCUGUCCCUGCUUGGUUUCUGUGUCAAGGCUGCCUGUCUUGUAGCUCCCCACGGGCUUAGGGAAAGUGAAGCAUGAAGUUGGGAUGUGUAGGGAAUGAGAGACAAGCCAGAGAGUUGCUUAAGACCUUUUUUGUUUCUUUUCUUUUUGAAGCAUGGAAAACAAAUCUUUUAUGUUAUUCUGGUCAGAAAUAAAAUUUUAUCUUCAA